GUAGUGCUACCCGAACUGGCCAACAUACGCGUUGCGGCUUAUGAAGAGGGAGGGAAGUUUCUAGGACAUCGUGUUCUUCCCGUCAUUGGGUUGUGCCCUGGGUAUCGUCAUGUGAAUCUACGGACCGAAUUGGGUCAACCAAUAACACUAGCAUCCCUCUUUCUGUACAUCGUGGUUAAGGACUAUGUGCCAGACGAUCUAUCGAAUUUUGCAGAGGCAUUAGCUAAUCCAAUUAAAUACCAAAGUGAACUUGAAAAACGUGACAAACAAUUGGCUGUGCUCACCGAGGGCACGGAACCGAUUUCAUCAGAGGAUAUCAACUCAUUCGUUUUUGUACAAGUAGGUGGUCAGAAAAAAGAGCUUCGUCCAUUUGAGUCCACAACAAUGAGCCCCAAGCACCGACCCAGCAUCAUAGCCGCUACCGUAACCAAUGUAGAAGUAUCUUCAGGAGUUGAGCAAGACACCGCAGAUGCGAUCACAACAGCUGGACCAGGGUUCACACACCAACAUUCGCUCGAGUCGACUGCGCAAACAUCUAUGCGGCAAGUGGAAUCGUCACAGUUCGAUUUAGAUUUAGUGCAUGCAGAGCCAUUGGAUAAGAUAUUAGACCACAAGAUGGUGCGUGAGAAGCGGUUUGAAAUGGAAAAGAAAUUGGAAUCGCUCCGUAAAAAACAUGAUAAGGAGAAGAUCAAAAUCGCAAUGCAAAAGUCUAGUCCAAUAGAUGGAAACAAGAAGGCAAUGUUUAACAUUGCCACCAAGCUAAAGAAACGGCUCAGCAAUAGAAGUCUUAACUGUAUUUCUUUUAGUGAUACGGGCGCGGAGGUGCCGCCUUGUUUGCCGGAUAUUGGGAAUAUAAAUGAAGUCUGUACUGACGGGGCCACUUGUAUUGAAGGAGAAAGUCCAUCGCUGGGAACACGCUCCCAACAGGAGAGAAUGCUUUCCUCUUGCAGGGAGUAUUCUUCGCAGAUGCGUGAUAUUCAGGAGAAGUACCAUGAGGUAAUCUAUGCGUUAGCGGAAAAGGUGUUGCGAAAUUCACAAGCAAACCAAAUUAAGCAACUUAAAGCGUCCUUGGAUCGAGUAACUUCUGAAGUAAUGCAUCAAUUGCAGGAGGCACGACGAACGGAGGUAAAGAAUUUGUCUUCCGUACAUCGGGAUCGCGAUGAGUUGGUUAGAAUGAAACGUGAAGUGGCCAGCUCAGUGGUAGAACGCGGUGUGGCAGAACGAGUACGUUUGAAGCAGACCUACGACAAACGAACCGAUGACCUGCAAAAACAACAUGAAUUGGUGCGCAACGCACUAGCGGAGCACCGUAAUAAGGCCCGACAAAUAUUUGAAAAGGAAGCCGAAUCUCGCACCUGUGUCGUUAGCAAUGGAUUCCUAAUUCUAUUCCAGGCGUCUAGUAAUGCCGGUGGGGAUGCUCCAUCUACAUCUGGCGCAAGCAAUAACCUCACAUUGAAUUUAAACGGUGGAAAUAUGAUUUCUCCUGCGCGCUCUAGUAACAGUCUCACGAGUAGCAUUGGUGGUAAGAAUAAAGAUGUUUUGGAUAGCGGUAGCGAUGAAACUGGUUCCAACGCCUGUGCUGACUCUGCGGCCGGUGUUUAAACACCCUCUGAUAUAACAAUAAUACAGUAUUUAGUCUUGCAAAUUUAAAGCAAGGCGGAAGGAAUAUAUUUUUGCGUAUAAGUAUAGUGUAAUGGAGGAGUAAUAACAAUCAGUUACUAACUAUACACGUACGUAUAUGUAAAUGGAACUAUGAGAAGCAUUGAGAUGAAAUUACUAAUGUUAAAAAUAUCUAAAUUUUGUUUGUGCAUUAAAUAUGUAGAAAUAAAAUUCUACUUAAUAUGUGUUUGUAGACUAAGAUUAAAAUUACCUUCGUUAGACUUGAAGUACAUAUACACAUACAUACAGCGUUUGCCAAAUGAGACCUACCGCAGCAGGUACAUGGUUUGCCUAGCCAUGUGCGCACUCGCUCCAUCUUGUGGGAACCACAAAUUAGGACGUGCGCUGCCGUUGGCCGCAACAAGUUGUCAGUAAUUGUUCUAUAAGAAGCCCCCAGAAAUCGUUCUGGCGUUUCAUCCUCAAUCUCGAAGAAAUAUAGGCCGAUAACUCUUUCGGCCAUAACACCGCACCAAACAGUGCAUCCGGAUUGGGGUACCUGAUGCUGGUGUGUUGCCCUUUGAUUUACAGAGCUCCAAAAUCUACAGUUUUGCUUAGAAAUGUGAUUCAUCCGGCAUCAAAACAUUACCUAAAAUAUCAAUUUAUGCGGCAAAUUGUGUAAAACGCAUAGCGUAUUGUAGUCGUUGUUGGUGGACUGUAAGUAUCCAUUAUGAUUUUCUUAGAGAUUAAUUAUGACACAAAGAAAAUAACAAUGAUUCUAAAAAUAAAGAAGUUAUACGUGUUAAACAUUGGUAGGUCUUAUUUAGCCCACCCUGUACAUGCACUUGUGGUCAGCUGAUUAAGUCAAGUGACAUUUUGACUAUUAUUAUGGUGUCCAGAAUUUCAAAGAACAAUAGAAUAACAUUCGACAGUAUCAAAAACAGACAGUAUCAGGGAGGCUCAUAAAUUUCAACUCCAAACAUGAGAUGAAAACAAUUCUAAAUACGGCUAGCAAUUUUAAAAGAAGAGUUCUCUCUCUUCUCUUGCUAGAAAAAGGUAAUGCAUCCCCGUUUUCCCAAUGGGAAGCUAAGAUAUUAAGUUGUGUUUUGUUGUACGUUUUGUAAAUAAUUAUUUGUAUAUGUAACCAUAUUGUGUUCUUUGCAGUCCUGAAGAUGCCUUUAGAUUACAGGCGAAAUAUCGAUAGUAAUAAACAAAAAGGAAUAUAAGACAUCCAAUUGCUUUAUUUACCAUCGGCCUAGAGCUCAAAAAGCAAUCAAAAGAUUACAAUAAACGGCCAGAAAACAAACCUAACCGAAUUCAACAAACUUUAACAUUUACACCCAAAAAUUUUAAAAUUUUUAUAAAAAAAUUUUAGUAAAAUUUGAGGUAGGGAAUUUUACAGCCCAUUAAAUUUUAGUUGGUAAAAGUGCAAAUUUUAAAACGCUAGAAAAUCUCGUUUACUUUUAAUCAUUUUUUUUUGUUGACGAUGUUAGGCAUUUUCCUCCAUAUAAAAGUAAUCGUCGACCAUACUUUAUAUCACAGCUGGGCAGCAUCUGCGCCCAUACAUAUACACGCUCUGCUUGGGAAGGCUGCGAAAACUUCAUUCAACCGCACGACUUGUUCGCACGCACACAACAAAAAAUACUCUGCCGAAACUGCCCACCUCUGUUUUAUAUGGAAAAAAUGCUUAACCCCGUCAGCCAAAAAAAAAUAUUAAAAGUCAAGCGACUUUCUAUCGUCUUC